AUGUAUCCGACGCCGACGCGGCAUCCGGCUGCCGCGGUAAGGGGGCCACAACCCGCGGCAGGACCUAUAAAAUUUACUGUAGCAGAUACAUUAGAGCGAAUAAAAGAAGAAUUUAACUUUUUACAAGCCCAAUAUCAUUCUUUGAAAUUGGAAUGUGAAAAAUUGGCCAGUGAGAAAACAGAAAUGCAAAGGCAUUAUGUCAUGUAUUAUGAAAUGUCAUACGGACUGAAUGUUGAAAUGCAUAAACAGACGGAGAUAGCAAAAAGGCUAAGUGCUAUUAUAGGACAAGUGCUGCCAUUCCUGGCUCAGGAGCAUCAGCAACAGGUCGCCUCAGCUGUGGAUAGAGCAAAGCAGGUCACUAUGUCUGAACUUAAUGCUAUUAUUGGGCAACAACAACAACAGGGUCUACAGCAACUUCUUCAACAGAUCCACGCGUCGGCCGGGCUGCCGCACGGCGUGGGCGGCGCGGGCGCACUGCUGGGCGCCGGCGGGCUGCUGUUCGCGCCGGGCGCCGGCCCGCCACCACCGCCACACCUGCCUCCUCCCGCACAUAAGGUGGAACUGCCUCCCCCUACGGACAUCAAGCCGCCGGUGCAUCCCGGGGGCCCGGCACCGCCCCCUUUAUUACCAGGACAGCCACCACCCCGAGAAGACGACAGGAUGGUCGCUUCUAGAGUUAUGCAGCAACAGCGUCGUUCCGUGUCCCCGCAGGAACGCGAGCAGAAGUACCGCGCUCGCUCGCCAAACGAGCCCGAGCCGCUAGACGCCAAGCGACGCAAGGAGGAGAAGGUACUCGCUCAUGUGAGUCUGUGUAGUGAUAGUGACGCCGAAAAGAGCGAUCAGGACUUAGUUGUUGAUGUUGCUAAUGAGGAGGACAGAGUAUCACCAAGUGUACGGACGGAUGGUGGAGAAAGAAUAGAAAACGGACCGCGACCUCCCUCAAGAUCAGGAUCCUCCUCGAGUCGCUCAACACCUAAAAGUUCAAAAGAUGAAAAGCCGGGCACGCCUGGCGCGAAAGGACGUGCGCCAACGCCGACGGGACGCUACGCGUUCCCGGCGUACGCGGCGUACCGGGCGCCGCAUCCCUACGACAACACGCAUGCGCGCUCCAACGGCAUGCCGCCCGCCAAGCCCGCGUACUCGUACCACACGUGCGGCGGUCCGCCGCAGCCGGUGCCGUUCCCGGCGGACGCGCUGGUGGGCGCGGGCGUGCCGCGGGGCGCGCGCGCCGCCGUGGCGCUGCCGCACGGCGAGGUGGUGUGCGCCGUGGCGCUGUCGCACGCGCCCGCGCGCCGCGCCUACACCGGCGGCAAGGGCUGCGUCAAGCUGUGGGACAUCAGCGAGCCCGCCGCGCCCGCCGCGCUCGACCCGCUCGCGCAGCUCGACUGCCUGCAACGCGACAACUACAUCCGGUCGGUGAAGCUGCUGCCGGACGGGCGGACGCUGAUCGUGGGCGGCGAGGCGUCCAACCUGUCCAUCUGGGACCUGGCGUCGCCCACGCCGCGCAUGCGCGCAGAACUCACCUCCUCGGCGCCCGCCUGCUACGCGCUCGCCAUCAGCCCGGACUCCAAGGUGUGCUUUAGUUGCUGUUCAGAUGGCAACAUAGCUGUUUGGGAUCUCCACAAUCAAACUUUAGUUAGACAAUUCCAAGGGCACACGGACGGCGCGUCGUGCAUCGACAUCAGCCCGGACGGCACGCGGCUGUGGACGGGCGGGCUGGACAACACGGUGCGCUCGUGGGACCUGCGCGAGGGCCGCCAGCUGCACCAGCACGACUUCUCCAGCCAAAUCUUCUCGCUCGGAUACUGCCCCACAGGGUCGUGGCUGGCGGUGGGCAUGGAGAACUCGCAGGUGGAGGUGCUGCACUGCGGCAAGCCGGACCGCUACCAGCUGCUGCUGCACGAGUCGUGCGUGCUGGCGCUGCGCUUCGCCGCCUCGGGCCUCUGGUUCAUCUCCACCGGCAAGGACAACCUGCUCAACGCCUGGCGCACGCCCUACGGCGCCAGCAUCUUCCAGUCAAAGGAAUCGUCAUCGGUGCUUAGUUGUGAUAUAUCGUCGGACGAUAAGUUCAUAGUGACAGGCUCUGGAGACAAGAAGGCGACAGUGUAUGAAGUUAUUUAUUAA